AUGCCCAACGACGACGCAUUCAGCAAGCCCUCCGCACCUUCGGAGGCCCCGCACGCCGCCGCCGGGGCACCGCCGCAGGGCAAGGCCGGGGGCUUUGGCAAAGCGGCCGGGGCGCUGGUCGGGAGCACCGGGGGCAGCGGCGGCGGCUCGGGCUCGGGCUCGGGGGCGUCGGGCAUGGGCUCCGGGAGCAAGAAGUCCCCGCGGCUGCCCAAGUGCGCGCGAUGCAGGAACCACGGCUACGCGUCGCCGCUCAAGGGCCACAAGCGCUUCUGCAUGUGGCGGGACUGCCAGUGCAAGAAGUGCAACCUGAUCGCCGAGCGACAGCGCGUGAUGGCCGCGCAGGUGGCCCUGAGAAGGCAGCAGGCCCAGGAGGAAGAACUGGGGAUCAGCCACCCUAUCCCACUGCCCAGCGCCGCCGAGCUGCUUGUCAAGAGAGAGAGCGGUGGUAGCAACCCGUGCCUGAUGGCCGAGAGCAGCAGCCCCUCGCAGCCCGCGCCAGCCAGCACCCCCACCACUGCGGCAUCAGAGGGACGCAUGGUCAUCCAGGAUAUUCCUGCCGUCACCAGCAGAGGGCACGUGGAGAACACACCUGACCUGGUCUCUGACUCCACCUACUACAGCAGCUUUUACCAGCCUUCUCUGUUUCCUUACUACAACAAUCUGUACAACUACCCGCAGUACUCCAUGGCCUUGGCUGCUGAUUCCUCUUCUGGGGACGUGGGAAGCCCCCUCGGGGGGUCCCCUGUGAAGAACAGCCUUCGGAGCCUCCCAGCACCUUACGUGCCUGGUCAGACAGGAAACCAGUGGCAGAUGAAAAACUCAGAGAACCGCCAUGCAGUGAGUUCCCAGUACCGGAUGCAUUCGUACUACCCACCUCCCUCCUACCUGGGCCAGAGUGUGUCCCAAAUCUUCACUUUCGAGGAUGGCCCCUCUUACUCUGAAGCCAAAGCCAGUGUUUUCUCGCCGCCCAGCAGUCAAGAUUCUGGCUUGGUUUCCCUCUCCAGCAGCUCUCCUAUUAGUACGGAGAGCACAAAGGGAGUGCUCGAAUGUGAGUCUGCCUCGGAGCCCAGCAGCUUCACCGUCACUCCCGUCAUCGAAGAGGACGAGUAA